CUGGUAAUGGUUUAGAAGUACUUUCACUUUUAAUAGAUCGGAUGGGGGAGCGCUUUAAAAGCCACACAAUGACAGUAUUGUCCAAUGCAGUAAAUAGAUUAGGAGACAAUCACGAUGAGGUCAGGAACUUGUCACAGUCGGUGCUACUGAAGCUGAUGCACAUCAACACACCACAGUCUGUAUGGGACCGUCUCAUGACAGGAUUCUCACAUAAACUGUGGCGGGUCCGGGAGGAAACACUCAUCUGUCUGCAGCAAACCAUUGAAAUGUAUGGAGCCAAAUGUCUGUCUCUGUCCAAAUUAGUGGGCGCAAUUGUAAAAUUAUUAGAUGACCCCAACAGACAGGUGUCGGACCAGGCAAUGAACACCCUGGUGGAUAUCUACUGUAACGUAGGUGAGAGGGUGAGGAUGGACAUUUCCAAGAAAGGUCUCUCGCCGCAGCUACUGCACACUGUCAUGGACAAGUUUGAUAAGGCCAGAAGUUUGGGGAGAAUGAGGAUAGAUAGUGCUGGAUCUACAGAACUGUCAUCAGACUGGCAAUUCCCGCCUCCCUAUGGGAAUGAUGAGGCUCUAGAUGCAAAGUAA